AUGUAGUCCGCCCUGUGGGCCUCCCAGUGCCCAGCUCAGUGUCCAGCCUGCUGAUCCCAGCGGGACCGGGUCCUCCUCCUCACUCUCACCCGCCUCUAUCGCUGAGAACGUCUUCUUUGGUAACACCAGUGACGACCAGGAUGCAUGUUCAGUAGUCAGUGACUACGACUGCCCUGGCGUGGAGGUGGCCGGCAGCGUUGAGGAGCUGCUGGACUUCAGCUCCUCUUUCAAAGACUCUGAGUACUUUAAAGACUUGGAGGGAGACAUAAAUGCGACACAGUUCACUAUAACCACCAGAGAAACCUCAACUUUUGGCCAACAAGUGUUUUUAAACUCAGGUCCUCCUGCCAUCAACAUACCUGUAGAGACCUCUCUGAGCGCUCCCUCCCCUCAGGCCAAAGCCCCAUCACUGCCCCACUAUACACAGCCUGCAGAGGAACCAAAUCACUUUGUGGUCACUCAGCUUAGUCCCAAGAUACUGGCAGGCUGUAUCAUUGACAGCGGAGACUCCUCAGGCCCGGCAGUCGGGCUUAGUGUGACAAUAAAUCUAAACGGACUGUUGGGAUCAGUGGAAACAGCAGACGGAAUAACAGGAUCAGAGGGAGUCAAGACGGAAAGCGUGAUGGAUUUCGAAGGGGAGACAGAUGAGGACAGUUUUCCUAUCCUGGUCAGAUCCAUGUCAACGUCUCGAAGGCACAGCUGGGGUGUCCCUGUAUCCCCCAUUAACCUGGGGAGGAGACUGAGUCUGGACACCAUGGCCACGGACAGCGAUGGAGACAGAGACGAUGACGAGGAGAGACAGAAUAGUCUCUUCCAGUCCACCGGGGACCAGAGCUGCACCAACUGUCCUGAGGAGGAGACCGACGAGACAGGGCCAAGGUUCCCCUGUCCCAGAGCCAGGCUCACCAGAAUGGCUAGAGGUGCAUCUGGCAGGCAUCUGUAUUCCCGCUCAGAGAUCCUCGCCACGGACGAAUGUUCCCGUGCUGCACACAUUUCUCGUGUUGUACAGACGUCCAAACAGGCCGCAAGGGCAGCGGGAGCAGAGGAGUUUGACCCUGAAGAAAACCUGCACUCUACUGAAGGCCAGAGCCACAUGGUGAAGCAGAGGAACAACAGAUCAGAGGUCAAAGAGACAGGAAACCUCACCUGGUAUGAGUUCCUCUCUCAUGGGCCCGAGGAAGAGGAGGAUCGUACAGAGAAGGUGGAGAAAGGCACCAAGGUGAAGAGGACUCUCAGCUCUCUGAGGAACAGGAUGACCGGCUCCUUCAACAAAGAGAAGGGUAAGAACAGAGAAAAAGACAAAGAGAAGGAAGCCAAAGAGAAAGUGUGCGGCAGCAGCAGCAGCAGCAGUGCGCAUUAUCUGGUGCCAGGCGCUUUUUCAAGCUGUGCCACCUGCUCACUGUGCAGCAAGACCCUGCAGAAAAAGCAUGGCCUGCAGUGCAUGAAUUGUGCUGUGAACGUUCACAAGAGCUGCAAGUCUCUGCUGGGUGAGUGCACCAGCACCAAGACUAAGAGAGAUUCUCUCCGGAAGAACGGCUCAGCUGGAUUUUCUAACCUUGUGCUAAAAGACCGGGACAGAGAGCGGGAUCAGGCAGGCCCAGCCCCAUCACAGACCCUGGAUGGCCACUCAGGCUUGCUCUUCUACCCAGGCAUGACCAUAAGUCACUGGGGACCUUACGCUCACCUGUCUGUCGCCCCUACCACCAGCUCCUUUGCAGCCCCUGCCUCCAGCUUUGGCCACAGCCUCUGUCACCACAGUGACAGCUCAGGAUCCCUCCCUGGGGAGAUGGAUGAGACCGAUGCUCUCCGCUCGAAACGAUGCAACGAAGACGCCAUUUCCCUCGCUCCCUCCACCACGGAGUCCAUCAUCGUAGAAGAUACUCACUAUGCAGCAGUGCGAGCUGAACUGGAGUCUGAUGCCCAGGACCUGGAGGCUGAGUCGUGGAGCUUGGCAGUUGACCAGCCGUAUGCUAAGAAGCACUUGAAAGAAAUGGUGAAGAGACAGGAUGUGAUAUAUGAGCUGAUGCAGACGGAGAUGCACCACGUGCGGACACUGAAGAUAAUGCUGUGUGUCUAUGUCCGAGAGUUGAAGGAGAACCUCCAGAUGGACUCGGGCAGGCUGGACUGUCUGUUCCCCCGCCUGGAAAACCUCCUCGAACUUCACACACAUUUCCUGUCUUGUCUUAAAGAGCGGCGUAGAGAAAACCUUGUUUUGUCCAGCAACAGAAACUACACUAUCAACAGAUUGGCCGACAUUCUGAUCACACAGUUCUCAGGUGAGAUUGGAGAGAGGAUGAAGGAAAACUAUGGAGAUUUCUGCAGUCACCACACUGAAGCUGUAAGCUACUACAAAGAACAGAUGCAAAACAACAAGAAGUUCCAAAACCUCAUACGGAAAAUCAACCACCUGUCCAUUGUGCGGAGGUUAGGAGUGACUGAGUGUAUUCUGUUGGUGACACAGCGCAUUACCAAGUAUCCUGUACUAGUGGAGCGUAUUCUGCACAACACUGAAGCGGGAACAGAAGAACACGAGGAACUGACUCGGGCGCUGGGUCUGAUUAAAGAGACCAUCACUCAGGUGGACACGCUGGUUAAUCUUUAUGAGAAGACGUCUCGACUCAGAGACAUUCACAACAAGAUGGAGCCAAAGGCAAUGGGAAAAAUCAAAGAUAGCCGAGUGUUUCGCAGGGAGGACCUGGCACUGGCCAGAAGACGACUGCUUCACGAGGGCACCGUCAACUGGAAGGCUGCUUCUGGCAGGCUCAAAGAUAUUCUUGCAGUGCUUCUGUCGGAUGUGUUGCUCUUGAUACAAGAGAAGGACCAGAGAUAUGUAUUUGCUACAGUGGAUAACAAGCCGUCAGUGAUCUCUCUUCAGAAACUGAUAGUCAGGGAAGUGGCCCAUGAGGAGAAAGCCAUGUUUCUUAUCUGUGCUUCCUCCAAUGAGCCCGAGAUGUACGAGAUCCACACCAACUCCAAGGAGGAGCGCAACACUUGGAUGAGGCACAUACGGCAAGCGGUCGAGAGCUGUCCUCACACAGAAGAGAGGCUGUUCAGUGAGGAGGAAGAGGCACGAGUUUCCAGGUUCAAAGAGUUUCAAGAUCGGCUGAGUCAGAAGGACACAGUCAUCUUGCAGGCUCUCACUGAGAAGCUCCAGCUGUUUGCGGACAUGGCCGAGUCUGUGGCAGGUCUGGAGGAUACAGCUUCACGUUCCAGACUUUUGCUUCGAGGAGAUGCCUCAGACCUCCAGCAGGGGGAGGCCCUGCUCAAAGGGGCCAUCACUGAGGUGGAAAACCUCCAGAACCUGCUGCAGUCCGGAGUGAAGGAGGAGGCUCCGACCUCUCGACUGGAGGAAGGAGGGGGCUCCGGGGUUCUGCCCAGACGAGCGGAUACCUUCGGGGGCUAUGACAGCAGCCCCAGCAUUCUCAACAAGAACGGCAGCGUGAAGAAGAGCUCUUCUGGCGAGUCCAGAAACAGAGACAGGAGCCAGAGAGCCAGCUCUGACCCUCAGCUCAAAGACCUCUGUGGCAGCCACACCCUGGAGCAGACGGUUGAUGAGAGCACCUGCUCUCCUGCCAGAUGGAACUGCAUCUGGUCCAACUCCUUCCCCGAGGCAGAGUUCUUUGACAGAGUGCUGAUGCUUUCCCAGAGGCUCUAUAGUCUGCAGGCCAUCAUAUCGCAGCAGGACAGUCACAUUGAGCUGCAGCGGGUGUCCUUGACGGAGCGGGCCGCCCUGCCCGGCCGCCACCGAGGGAACGUGCUCCUGGAGCAGGAGAAGCAGCGGACUCUGGCCUUGCAGAGAGAAGAGCUGGCCAGUUUUCACAAGCUCCAGUCUCAGCACCGGCAGGAGCAACAGCGCUGGGGGAAGGAGAGGGAAAGGCACCGGCAGCAAGUCGAAGCCACUGAGGACAGGCUGCGACAAAGAGAGGAGGAGUGCCGGCGGCUGGAGGAACGUCUAGCAAAAGAGAGGGAGGAGCUGGACAGGCUAAGGGGGACGUAUCAGGAGGACCUGGAGAGACUGAGGGUGUCCACCAGGACUGUGGAGAGGGAUAAGGAGCGCCUAGAAAACCAGAGGACGAACAAGAGGAAGACCAUUGAGGUGGCUCCUCUAUCUGGCAGUCUUAAUGGGGAGCUCCUCAUGUCCUCCGGCCUCACCAGCACCACCAGCGUGUGCGAGCUGCCCCUGCCUCCGAAGCCCCUGGUGCGCUCCAGCAUGUCCGUGGCACCGGCCGACUACGCCGAGCGUCCUGAGGUGAUGCUGCGGCGGGAGACGAGCUCUUCCACUCUGCCGCUGAAGACGGAGGUACCGCUCCACCUCUGCAGCACCACCAACCAGCAGCACAAACUGCUCGGCGUGCAGCAGCAGAUCCCCACCAAGCUCGCCGCCUUCAGUGGCAAAAUGAAAGGAGCCAAGAGUGGCAAGGCUUCGCAUCGCACUGACAGCACAGCCUCGGUGGAUAUGAAGCAGAUGCUGAAGCUGUCCACCCGAGAUGAAAGCGCCCUGAAGGCCAAGCGCUCCAUCAGCCCCCACCAGCCGCUCUCGCUGUCAGCCCUGCAUCACCACACAGAUCAACUCAGUCCCCCAGAUACGGCCCGACCGGACAGCCCCAACACCUCCAUCACCUCCUCCGUCACCACCACCAGCCACCCUGCAAGUGCUCAGAAGCCCCCGAUGCCUUCUGCACAGUCCCACCCUCCGGCUCCCACCAUACCCCCCCACCCACAGAGCACCGGACUCCUCCAGUUUCCGCCCCAGGUGCAGCCGCAGGGCCUCAGUCCCAACACCCACACCCACGUCCAGGUGAACCACGGGCUCAGCCACAGCCACAGUCUGCCACAGCCGUACAAGAGCCCCCCUGAGGACGUCAAUAAGGAGGACGUCAUCUUUUUCUAAAUUCUGCAAAAAAAAAUUCUAAAAACUGCACUCAGAUCAAGCACCGAUUUUAGAAAAACAAAAUAAAAAUUGAUGGGAUGCGUAACUGAUCCCCAACAAUCCUCCAUGUGCAUUUCAAGAAGCUUCAUAUGUGAGGUAUUGUGAUGCUGAGUGUAUGUGCAGUACGGACAGGUUGUGUUGUCAUUGAUGGGUGAAACGACUGAGUGGAGGAGCAGCCGUCUACUGCAGAGGACAGAGCUUCAUGUGCUUACAGGAAAAAGAAAUCGCAUUUUAUGGAAAAAAAAAAAGAGGACGUUCUUUGUAACAGUUUUUAUUUUUAGCUGUUUUUUAACUGCAAGUAUGAAUAGGGAACCUUCGGCUCACCGACGGCUUCUUGCGAUGAAAAGGUGUAAAUGAAGUUGUAACAAUCCAAAGACACGAGCUGUAAGAGCUGAAGGAAUUUGACUGAAAGGAACAAAGCAAAAGAAAAACUGUCAGGUGCAUUUUAGGAGACCUCUGUCAGUUCCUGAAGCGUAGAACGGGUGGAGGUGCAGUGAUGGAGCUCGGGCCUCGACCACCUGCUUCUACUAGACCUGGAACCACAGGAAAGGAUUCCACAGGAACUCAGAUGAACUCAUUGCGUUUGCACAGUGUGAACACUCCAUUCCAGACAGAUGAAUGAACUCUGUUGUCAUGUUCUCUGUUCAUUUAGAAACGUUGUUCUUCUUAAUCGUGUUUAUUGUAGAAGGUUCACAUUGAGGAUUACAUCUUUAGUGUUUCCAGUGGUUGGGAAACCUGACUUGGAUCUGGUCAGAGGACAGUUUCCCCAGGCUGUUGUAUAAUAAUGCUUCAUUUCAAUUAAGGGAGAGUUUGGAUUUGAUCAUGUUCACGGGCUGGAGGGGCAGAACUGAGACCAACUCAGUGACGUCUUUCUGAUGUCUCUAUAGUUUGAAGUACUGUCAGUUAUAACCUACUCCAUGUCUGUACCUGCCUUUUGUAUUUUACCUUCCUGAUACAGACUCACAAUGCCUGGACUUUUGUAUCGGCAGAUUUAGUUUAUUCAGAAAAAAUAACCACAAAGCAAAAUGUUUUAUUUGUGGGACUUUUCAGCAUAAAAUAUUCCCAAAUUUUACCAAUUUUUUGUCUAACUCUUCUUUGCAGCUCUAAAACGAGUUCUUGCAAGUUGCAUUACAGCACAAUUGCUGUUUUGGAGCGGCUAAGAAUGGAGAAUUCAUUCUUGAUUCUAGUAUAAUAGUCAAUUAUUUCCGUGAAAAUAAAAGUUUAGGUUUAUCUGGGUGAAAGUAUAAUACUUUAAUACUGUGGUGUCAGAUCAGUACUUGUGUGUCAGCGGUUUCAUGAAGGAUCACUUUUUAUUACAGACAUUUACAACAGAUAUUAAGGUAAAUGUAUUUAUCAUGUAGUUUAUUUAAAUAUGCCAUCCACUUCCAGACUUGUACCUGAGUUGCUGUUGAUUCUGACACCCAGGUUAUUAGCUGAACUUUGCUGAACUCAAGAGUGUUCAUCAUAACCUGUGGAAACCAAAAAGGCCUCAGUGCCUUUGUCUCACCCUGGGUUUCAUUUCACCAAAACUGACGCUCUCAGCAAGAAUCUUAAAGAAAUAUCUCAUGUACUGUACUGUUCACGACAGUUUUAUAUGGGAAAUUGACAUUUAACUGGAUCAUGAGAAAUAAAUGGAGAAAAUGUUGGGUGAAAAGAGCAGAUAAGUACUAAUUGCAACAAUUUGAAUGAGUUAUAAUGCACUGAAAAUAUUGAAAUUCAUUGUACUAAUAGUAAAUCCAACUUCAAUGUUUUUGCACUAGUUGAUCCAGUAGAAUAAAAGCAUCUGUGUUAUUUCCAAAGGUUAACAGCUGAGUUUGUACAGGGACGGUCUGACAGUGACAACAUGGUGGAGCACAGUGUUAACACUGGUUUUCACUUCUCAGUGGAGUCCAUUAUGAAACUGCUUCUGUGAACACGUUCAGAGUCACAGGUCGAGCAUGAGCCGGGAAUGUGCAGUUCAUUGAAGAGUUGUAAAGUUGAUCAAUUUACCCAUUCACCCGGGUUAGGAAAUGAAAAGUUAAUGGUUUCGAGUCAUUAUUUUGUCUGAUUUUAACAACUUAACAGUUUGAAAAAUUUGUCAGAGUGGGUUCAUUUUUAGCUGAGCCCGUUUAUAUAUCUUUGAGUUAAAUAUGAAGAUGUCAGUUGUUAUCGAGGCCCUCGGGUCUCACACACUGUGGGGGGGGGGUGUUGAUCGUCAAUGACAUUUCAUUAUCUGGGUCUUAAAUGUCUGUGCCUGACAGAGAAGCUCCUGCAGCAAAAAUAGGACGAUGAACUUUUGUCUGACAUUUCAGUCUUUAUCUUUCUCACCAUAUCAAAAUAUAUGGAGGUGGAUGCCAUUUAGGUUUUUCCCUGCAUGUACGUGGGAUUCCUUUCAAUCCUGAAGCAGUUGACACGUAAACGUUUUCUGUCUCUGGAGGGGAAAAUGUCAUUUGAACUUUAUUUUUUCUAUGAGCUGGUGUCUGAAGGUGUGAUCACGAGCAAGACUUCUGAGUGAUGAUGUAUAUUAUAUGUAUAUUUCUGUACAUAUUGUACCUGGUCUCUUCUGCACUGCCUCUCCUGACACAUUCUUAUAUUAGAUUGAUUAUUUCACAUGAAUCAAGAAGCAACAGUUGUCGGUGUAUAUUAAUUUCAAGUACACACAUGGGUGUGUACGUACAGUCUGGUACGCUGCCUUGCUCGGACACACUUGUGGCAGUUUAGGAAAAACCACAAUCAGUGGUUCUGUCGAUUCAAGGGUUGUAUAUUUAACCUACUGGUGCUUGUAGAUGUCUUAGCUUUGACGCUGAGGUGCACUGUCUCUUUUUGUCCUGCGACUCCUGAUCGAGUCGAUGUAGCAGUCGUAAAAAACAAAACAAGAAGUCAAAAAACUGCUCGUUUCCGUCAGUUAAACCAAAGAGACAUUCGGCUGACUGGGCUUCUGUCUGUGCUCCCGUGAGAGGAGAAAUGACACAGUGCUGGUUGUGUGGUCAUCCACAAAGUGUUAUUACUUAUAAAAACAUCCUCUUGGGAGUGUCCAUAACAGUUUUUACAGCACAUGGCUGUCCACUUCAUAUCCGGCUUCACAGCUCGGCAUUGGAUUUCCUGUUUGUUUUGUGGCCCCACAUCCACAUCACUGGGGUCUGUUUGUACACAGGUGGACAGAAUGAUUUCAGAGUAACGUUGAAAACACAUAAACCAUCAACUCAGCAAUAAAUCAAAUUGGUAUGUCUGUAUACUGGCUUGUAGUGGCAUAUGUAACUGUAUGAGCUCAAUAUUUUAUUUAUUUUCAUCAACACUUGAUCAUUUUAAAGAAUAAGGGGCUGUGAAUGUGCAUGUAAACAUCCUUUAUGUAGUUUCCAGUGGGUGGAACCCUUUGAUAAAAACAAUCCCCUUUUUUCCACCCAGAGCUUUCAGCCAUCUCACACAACCUUCCAGUGUUUUUGAAGUAAAACCCUUAAUGAACAAUUAGUCUUAAAAGUGUGACAUCUUAAAGCUGUAAUGUCAUGACAACUGAGCACACUCCAUCCCCAGAUGAAGACCAUGUGAUUCCAUGGACAGCUCGACAAAAAGCAAGAACCUUGAUUUUUGUGAUUUUUAUGCAUCACCAAGUUUGAUCCGGAACUUUUGUUCCAGUGUUUGUAUGUUUUCCUGUAUUUUCAAGUGUCUCUUUUCUAAAGCUGAAGGAGAAAAAGUUCUAAAUCUGGUGUUAGAGCCCUUAAGUUCUUCGGAUCAACUCAAGUCUUAAAUGUUGUUUUGCUGAACUGAACUUGCUCUGUUUUAAAACUUUUUGAAGCCAGUCAGUCACAUCACUGUGUGUGUGUGUGUGUGUGUGUGUGUGUGAGUGAGUCUGUUUGUGUGUGUUUGUGUAUUCUUAAAAAAACACAUUUCCGACGCUCUUCUUCGGUUGUGUUUUUAUACACACACACACCUUGGACCUGUAAUGUGUAAAUAAUCCUGAACAUAUUUUAUUUCCUCGGCCAAUUUUACACUAGUCACUUUGGAUAGUAGCAUACUUGAAGGGGAAAAAAUAAUGUUGAUCAUGCUUAUUAUUGUUUGUAAACUUUUAUUUACCGUGAGCUGUCUAAUGACGUUUGUAGCAAACAGAAUUGAUUAUUUUGUUUUGUACUGUUUUAUUCACUGCGAGACGUUAGAACGAGCUGUGGACACAAACUGCUGCCUUAGAGAGAGUUUAGUAAUAAAAGAGUCCUGAAAUGA